UUCCGGUUAGAAAGUUGCAACGUCGCGUGCCACGACAUCCGUUUCUUUUUCCAUUCUGCCACAAUUGUGCUAAAGUCCUUAAAUCUCAAUUAGGUCUCUACUAUCACAAAGAUGGGUAGAGAGGACAAAGCUACCUGGAAGUCAAGUUACUUCACCAAACUCAUCCAACUGUUGGACGACUAUCCCAAAUGCUUUAUUGUGGGCGCUGACAAUGUCGGUUCAAAGCAAAUGCAGCAAAUUCGUAUGUCAUUGCGAGGAAGCGCCAUCGUCCUUAUGGGAAAGAACACCAUGAUGCGCAAAGCCAUUCGCGGUCAUAUUGAGCGUAAUCCCGCUUUAGAGAAGCUCCUCACUCACAUCAAGGGAAACGUUGGCUUUGUUUUCACUCGCGGAGAUUUGGUUGAAGUACGCGAUAAACUCGUUGAAAAUAAAGUACGUGCUCCCGCCAGAGCUGGAGCCAUUGCUCCAUUGAGCGUCAUCAUUCCCGCUCAAAACACCGGCUUGGGACCUGAGAAAACUUCCUUCUUCCAAGCUUUGAGCAUUCCAACUAAGAUUUCAAAGGGUACCAUUGAAAUUAUCAACGAUGUGCAUAUCCUGAAACCAGGCGACAAGGUCGGAGCUUCAGAAGCAACUCUUCUGAACAUGUUGAACAUCUCUCCCUUCUCGUAUGGUUUAUUGGUCGAGCAGGUCUAUGACUCUGGCACUAUUUUCGCGCCAGAAAUUUUGGACAUCAAGCCAGAGGAUCUUCGCGAGAAGUUCAUGGCCGGAGUUGCCAAUUUGGCCUCAGUUUGUUUGGCUAUCGGUUAUCCAACAAUUGCCAGUGCACCGCACAGCAUUGCCAAUGGUUUCAAGAACUUGUUGGCUAUUGCCGCAGUUACCGAAGUCGAAUUCGCUGAAGCCCGUACCAUCAAAGAGUACAUCAAGGACCCAAGCAAAUUCGCUGCCGCCGCUGCUCCAGUGGCUACUUCUGCCGCUGCCGCUCCCGCAGCAGAGAAGAAGGAGGAAAAGAAAGAAGAGUCUGAAUCAGAAGAUGAUGACAUGGGAUUCGGUCUUUUUGACUAAACUUAAAACGAUGACUGUAUUUUGCUGUUAAUGUUCUUAACCGACGUCCAAAUAAAGUACAGUUGUGAUGUGA